AUGUCGUUGUUUUCGAAGAUCAAGAGGUCGAAGAAGGCGGCAAAGGAGCACAAGGCAAAGGAGAAGCAGAAGGAUCCCAAAGAGGCCGUCAAAGUCCCCUACAAACAUGUUCCUACCCACGCCGCCAUCGAUGCCCUCACUGGUGCCCCCUCAAGUUGGAAACAGGAUGAUCGGCCCAAAAUCAGGGAACAGCACAGGAGGAGGAGUGAGAUGGCUACCAGCCGGACAGGAAGCACUCUAUCACAUAUCCAAUUCCCGAAUCCUAACUCGAAUUCGAUAGCAGGUCCCAGCAACUUGCUAGCUCCGCCCCUACCACAAAAUAGCAGCUACAGUGGUUACAAUCCCGCAUGGUUCGACCGCAGCGGCGAUGUUUAUCAUUCCACCGAUAGCCCCAGACAAGGCGAGCAUAGACAGAGCAGAUACAAGCCUCAAAGAGGACAUGCGCUCCAUGAUUCUGGGAUAGGGCCAAGUCCAUUGGCAAGCAAUGUGCAGUCCGAAGAAGCUUCCCCAGCUGUAAGCUCUGGUAACAGCACCAACUCGACCGUCUCUUCCGACAACCUCGAAAUUUCUCGCCCCACACCUUCACAUCCUUACCUGCUGCAACGACAGAAACCAACUGUGUACGGCGAUCAAGAUAUUUUCGGUCGCUUGCAUACCAGCACUACGCGAAAGCUAGGCGAAGCGCCUCUCUAUGUCAGCCCGCAACCUUCUUCCAAGCCCAAGUCUGCAACAACCCCAGUGUCUCAGGAAGAAAAGGCCAAAAACCCACGAUGGUCUUUCCUGGGGAAGAAAAACACAGCCGCUGUACUAUAA